CUAAAAAAUGUCAGCUAUUGGGAAACACAGAAAAGUUUUGUCAGACACGAGAAGAAUUUCAACGCGUGUGGACGUGUAAACGGUUUAAAUAAAAUAAUUUUUAUAUUUAACAAUAUAAAUAGUGAAAAUAAGCUAAAUUGAAGUGCAAUUCGUGCGCCUUUUGUUCGCUGUCUGUUUCACCCACCUGCCACCUGGCCACACAACCACGGACAUUACGUACCAACGUUAAUUACCAGGUGUGGGUGACAGCUGUCUAUGUUUAAAAUUUGUGCAAUACACUAAUAUAAAAGUGAAACGAGUAUGUUUGUAGAAUAGUCAUUUCAUGAAUGAAAUGAAAAGUAGUGGCAUGUCGGUGCAAUUGUGAUUUGUUAAUAUUAGCUACAACGAGUUAAUUAAGCUGUAAAGUUGAAGUGACAAAUUACUUGCAAAGUUUACGAAACAACAAAUAUAAUAACUGAAAGUACAUACCUACAUACGUACUUAUCAUAAGUUUAACAAACAAACGGGCCGCGAGAGAUAAGCUGAAUCUAUGCGUGUAAAUUACACUGGCUGGUGAUGCCGCAAAGACAACAGAAAUUAAUAGCCAACGUAGGUAUAUUAACCUCGAUAGUUACAUAGUUAAAUCUUCCACAAAAUGGCAGUAAGCUAUGCCUGUCUCGCGGUGCAAUAUGUGGUGGUGCCGACGGUGCUGGUGUUGGCUGCACUAUUUCGUCCUGCCGGCAUUUCGUUCGUGUACCUGUUAAUGUUUUUUAUAACGCCCUUUAUCCCCAUCGCCAACAGCCGUAAUUUUAAAAGUUCCGUUGGUCCAUUUUACAUCAUACUCAUCGCACUAUGUUCACUACUAUUAUUAUGUCAUAUAGUACUGCAAGUGACAAUAAUUGCAAUAAAGAUCGAGUCGAUCUUCGCUAUGUGUUCAUUUACGCAACAACUGUUGCGACACAUUGGCUUCAUCAAUCUGCAGGGUUUGCAUCCUAUAGCCGCCGCCGAAUGGCAUAUGCCGGAUGUGGUGGUUUUCCUAACGGUGGUGAUUUCAUUUGUAGUCAUCAAGAAAUUAAGCCAGAAACCACCGCCGCUCACAUUGCAAUUGGAAACUGGUGAAGUUAUACCAAUACGAGGUUCAACAGAUAGCGAUAACACAGAUGAUGAAGCGUUCUUCGAUGGUCUAAUACGAAUAUCGCCGCUUUUCUGUCUGGCAAUGCUGUUUGUUAUAGCGGUGCUGCGGCCGUCAGCGCCUGCUGGCUUCUAUUUUCUCAUAUUCUUGCUAAGCGGUUCCUACUGGGCCACCUAUAAUUCGCUGCGGCGCGGUUUCUCCGUGCUGCUGCGUUUCCUAAUGCUGGUGAUCGCCUUGCAUUCGGUGUGUAUAGUGGCCUAUCAGACACCCUGGGCGCAGUAUUACCUGAGUAGUGAUAAUCUAAUAGCAAGAUUAAUCGGCUUGGAACCGUUGGUGCUCUCCUCUUGCGAUCGCGAUAUACGCGUCAUGAGCUAUAAUCUCAAAUACAGUUUCGACUCCUUUAUACUUCCCAUACUAAUGCUGUUAACAUACUUUGUGCUUGCGCUUACCGCCAAGUGUCUGAGCAAUGCAAAUGUUUCGUUACGUCGUGACCAACGUCCAAAAACUACUAUCGAACCGACUGAGACGACACCUCUGGUGAAACGUUUGCGCAAAAAUGACCUGAAAGAAGGGUCAAGCGAUGAGGCUCCCAUGGAACUGGAGGAAAAUACAUCGACGGAUGUCUUUACGAAUACGAUAUGUGAUCAGAUAUGCUAUGGUUUUAUAAGCAUCGGACAAUUUAUUUAUCAAAAUAGCUAUAUUUUUACGAAUAUCUCAAUGAUGACCUGGUCCAUUGUCUAUCACAGUUGGUUGACAUUCGUGCUGUUGCUGUGGGCCAACAUACUCUGGAUGAUACCGAAUCAACGUAAAGCCAUGAUGCGUUCCAGUCCCUUUAUUGUGUGCUAUGCUGAGUUGUUGCUGAUAGCGCAGUAUAUUUAUGGCAUGAAUCUGAAAAACGACGAAUUACCCUCCAAAGUUGAUACUGCCGGCAUUAAUUUGCAACAAAUCGGUCUGGAGCGUCCGCAAGAGCAUGGCACACAUCCGUGUGUACCGUUAAUUGUGAAAACCCUGUUUCUACUCAUGUUUUGGGUCACCUCAAGACAAUUUUUCCAAGAGCAAUCCGAGGAGAAGCUGAUAAAACGUCGUGCACCGGUGGUCAUGCCAAUGGAAACGAUAGAUUCGGAUGUAUCCGUUGAAUCACAAACUAAGCAUACAUCGAAAUUUCUGAAGAAAAUCGGUGAUAUUGUGAAGAAUCUGCUGGUGCGUCUGUGGAUCUGGAUGUUGGUGUUGGUGAUCUUCUUAUGCGCGAUGACUGGCAAAUUUAUGACCGGUUUUCGCAUAUGCUACAUGGCGUUAUUCCUCUUCUUCUUACUCGUCUUCCAAUCCUCGUCGAAAGUGUGGGUCAAAGUUAUGUAUGGCUUUUGGCUCUUCAUCAUUUUCUACGCCAUGUCCAUGCUUAUACUUAUCUACACCUAUCAAUUUGAUAAGUUCGAACAAUAUUGGUAUGAGUACUUGAAUAUAUCGCAAACGCUUCAAAACGAUAUCGGUUUGGAGCGUUAUAAAACGAAAGAUCUAUUCCUGCAUCUCGUCUCGCCCACACUGAUUGUGGUUUUAACCGUUAUACAAGUACAUUAUUUCCAUCGUCGCUUCAUCGAAUCGCUGCAUCAGCGUAGGGCCUCACUAACACCCGAAAUGAAAUUUACCAAAGAGAUGGGCAAAUCGUUAAAGGCAGAGCGUGGCAGUAAUGAUGCAACCAAGUUAUUGGUUUCCUCACUGAAACGUAUACGCAAAAUAACAAAACAUUAUUUUAUUGUUUCGAAAAAGCUAUUUUGGCGUUUCCUAGAGUUGCACAUCAUAAAAGCCGUUUAUGUGACGGCAUUCGUGUGUGCCGUUAGUCAGGUUUGCGUUAUUCACGUUGUGUUCGUAGCAUUAUGUAUACUGGGUUGUAUAACACGUAGUUCUAUACAAAUAUUCAUCAGUCGCAUAAUCUCAUUCGUCGUUUCCAUAAUAAUACUCUCGAAGAUGAUUUAUCAAAUUGGCUACCUAACGCAUGAGGAUUACGAUGUGCGAUGUCAAGAUGAGAAGAUAGUUCAUGGCAAUAGCGCAUUAUGGUUUGGCUUGCAGAAAGCCGAUGAAACCACAAACGGUUUAAUUGGACUGAUAAAAAUGUACAUCAUCUAUAUGAUCGUGGUGACGUUGCACGCUGUCGUUAGUUUGAGACAAUUCCAAAUGCGCGCCGUGCAAGAAGACGACAAUAUGGAAACGAAACUGCUCUUCCCGGCAACGGAUCGUGCCAAAGCCGAAACGAAUCUCAAAUCUAUGAUACAAUAUCUUUUCAAUUAUGGUUUUUAUAAAUUCGGACAGGAAAUCUCAUUGAUCAUGUUGGUGACGACAAUUGCUUACCGCCAGGAUAUCAUCGCGAUUUUCUAUGUGAUCUGGUUAGCUGUGCUCUUGAUGUUUAGCCGCGCCAGACGCAGCUCUGUGUGGGGCAUAUUCCAAGUGUUCAUUGCGCUCAGUAUAUUUUUGCAAUAUUUAGUUUUGCUCGGAUUGCCGCCGAGUUUGUGUAUUGAUUACCCCUGGGAAAAUUCUCGCUUCUCCGCGCCCAUACAAGGUUGGCUGCUACUACCCGGUGGCCUGCAUUACGAUCACACGAAAAAGCUGAUCUUCGAUUUCAUACUACUGAUGAUAGUGACACGUCAGAAGCGUAUAUUCCGCAUCGAAAUGCGUUACGGUGAACAAUACGCCGGCGGUUCGAAUCGUAAUGUUGUGAAGGAUAUUGCGAAUUUAGGUCGCGUGGCAUUUGUGAAUCCCACAAAUGAUUUCCUAUCGCAUGUGCGCAACUAUUUGGACAUAUUCAUGUAUGCCGUGCUGUGCGGCUUCUAUUGGGUCACAUUGGCAACUGUGUUCUUGGCCGGCACAAAUAUGAGUGAUUUCCUCACAUUGGGUUAUCUAAUUGGCGCCUUCACAUUCCUGUGGGAGGGUUCCGAUUUCUAUUUGCGUCCUAUAAAUCAGAUAAUCGGUCGUUGGCGUUGGUUGUUGGCCUAUAAUGUCUUCAAUAUUGUUGUGAAGACAUGCAUUGAAAUGGCCGGUUGUCUGUUUUUGAAAGAACUAACACAGAAUUGUUGUUGGCUGGUGCAUUUAUUGGGCGUUUCAUGCCAUUUCCGUUCGGAUCUAAAUAUAGAUGAUGCACUGAAUAAGAAGGACUCUGAAUGUCCGGAGAUCAACAAGUCGUCGAUAAUGAUGUGGGACACCAUUUGCUUUGCAUUCCUCAUACUACAAAUGCGCAUCUUCAAGUCACACUACUUCUGUCAUCUGAUUAUCGACACGAAAGCGAACAGCAUUUUGGCGACGCGCGGCGCUGACAUUAUUGAGGAUCUGCGUCAGAAGCAAAUCGAACAUCGUCAACAGCAUGAAAAUGAAAUUUUGGUUAAGAUCAAGCGUAAGAUGGAGCGCAUACGUGCCACACAACAGAAAAUGUUGAAACCCAUUGAUAAGCCCACACAUUUCGAUGAACAUGGUGCUCCGAGCAAACCGCACAAACGGAAAGAGAUUAAGUUACACGGACCUGAUGCGCCCGAUGCGCCUGUAGGUACCGUUGUCGUUGAACAAUUAAGGCUGCCACAUAAGAAAGCCGUACGCGCUGGCGAUUACUAUAUGUUCGAGGAUGUUGAUGAUAAAUUCGAAUUGGACGUAAUCGAUGAUGAACAAGACUUCCUCUCCGAGCAGGAGAGUGAGAAGAAAUUGCAAAGACGUAAAACGGUCAUAAACGUUUGGAAGGAUAUACAAACCGCCGAAUUUCGUCGUCAAGUCUAUAUGCGUCAGCGUUCAUACGCUUCGGCGCCUGGUUCGCGUAUUGGCAUAAAAAUCGAUGAAGAGCUAGAGCAUGAAGACGAUAAGGAGGCUGGCGCACGCACAUCAACGCUCUCCGAGCCGUACGAUUAUACGUUGCCGGCGCGUUCGGCCAGCGGCUUCUUUACUGACAUCAAACGCAAGACCGAAGCAGAGCCAUCGACCAGUAAGGAGGCUAAAGAGGCAUCCGAAAUGGAAGAAAAGAAAAAGAAGGGCGAUGUCGUCGAUUCCGAGGAUUCUGAUGAUGACUUGGAAGCGAAUCCAAUCGUUCGUCUGCUAGAAGGCUUCCUGGUGUCAGUAACAAUCGGCUUACAUCGUUUGUCACGCAACUACCGUUAUGUUAAUAAGAUAAUGUCGAAUGAAAAGCGUUUGCUUAAGGAAACUCAUAGCGUCAAUUUGGUGCGCGCAACUAAUAGUGACGUAUAUGUGGACAUCAAGGGCUUGUCGCCAAAUGAUGAAAAUGGCUCGAUUGGGUCGGCAUCGAUUGAUACACAAAAUGAAACACGUCCAUUACCACAUAGCAUAACGAAUGUAACCGAUUUGAAUACGAUCACAUCAGAUACCACUUCCCCACCAUCACCGUUACAAACACACAUUACACAACCACAACAGCAAGAGCAAACAGAGGAUCCACAUGCCAUUAUAGAUAUGUCUGUGGAUACUGUGGAUAUGCGCAAUGAUAGAUACGAUGCGGAUGGUAUGUCCAUACAAAAAUCUCAUAAUUCGGUAGACUUGCCAAAGAUUUGCAUUAAGGCACCUUCAUUCGAUUGCAGUAACAACUAUGUGGGGAUGUUGAGUAAGCAAUGGUCAUAUGAAAAGAUGGACAGCAACAGCUUGGUCAUGCUCGAGGAAGACUUUACAGCACGUGAACAUCACAUCAUUAUUGAAUUCCUCAUUUCCCUCUGGUAUGCCUUGCUCUCGAAUACGGACAUAAUCUGCUAUUUGGUUGUGUUUAUUAAUCAGGUGGUUAAUGCCAGCAUAAUUUCGCUGCCACUACCGUUGAUGGUGUUCCUUUGGGGCACACUCUCAUUGCCGCGUCCGACGAAGACAUUCUGGGUUACACUCAUCGCCUACACACAGGCGAUUGUGCUCAUCAAAUGCAUAUUCCAAUACAAAUUGAUUUGGGCCAACUAUAUAAAUCUACCCAACGAACCAUUGGCGCCAGCAAAGAUAUUCGGUGUUGAAUUGAAUCCCAAUUAUGCAAGUUAUGACUUGUUGCUGUUGUUGGUGUUGUUCUUCCACAGAUUCAUAUUGAAGUCCCACGGCCUUUGGAAGUCAGAAUAUAAAUUCGCACACAGCGCACACGCAAUGGAGUCAAAAACGCUGCAAGACAAUGACGAUGACUUACAGUCCUCUGUGAGUAGAAUAAACACGGUCGAGAAUCUAGGUGGAGAAAUGUCUGAUAACAACACACCUGGUUCCACCGAUGGCGUGCGAAGAAGAAGCAAAAAAGAAAAACGCAGCAAUAAUGAAGAGGAAAAUGCUGGGAAUGCUGGCAAUGAGAAGAAGGAGAACGGCAAUGGCAACGACAACGGCAACGGCAACAAUAGAAAAGAAGGUGGUGCCGAGCCGGAGAACAACCAGCAAAUUGUGAAGGCGACCACCGCUGUACAAGAUGUGGAUGCUCGGAGCGACAGAAGUAGCGCUAUAAGUUCCAAUACAUACCAGCGACGGUUGAAACAUUUGAAACGUGCCAAGUACCUCUCAUCUGUGCGGAAAUUCUUCUCGAAUUUGCUCUCUAAAUCACGACUGCCAGCUGAUGUGUACGCUUUGAUGUUCCUAUGCGAUUUUAUUAACUUCUUCGUGCUGCUCUUUGGCUUUACGGCGUUUGGUUCGCAACAAUCGGACAGCGCUGGUGGCGUACAAACAUAUUUGGCGGAGAAUAAAGUGCCCAUACCCUUCCUGAUCAUGUUGUUGGUGCAAUUCAUGUUGAUUGUCAUCGAUCGCGCUUUGUACUUGCGCAAAGCGCUUUUGCACAAAAUCAUCUUCCACUUCCUCUCCGUCAUUGGUAUACACAUUUGGAUGUUUUUCAUUGUGCCAGCGGUAACGGAGCGCAGUUUCUACUCGUUGGCGCCGCCGAUUAUUUUCUACAUCAUUAAAUGCUUCUACAUACUGUUAUCCUCGUAUCAAAUCAAAUGUGGUUAUCCGAAACGUAUUUUGGGCAAUUUCCUAACGAAGAGUUUCUCAUUGCUCAACAUGUUGGCCUUCAAAGUUUACAUGGCAAUACCGUUCUUAUACGAGCUGCGUACCAUACUCGACUGGGUGUGCACAGACAGCACAAUGACACUCUUCGAUUGGCUGAAAAUGGAGGAUAUCUUCGCCGAUAUAUAUUUCAUUAAAUGCAGUCGACAAAUGGAAACCGAUUUUCCCGCUAUACGUGCAACGAAAAAACCCAUUUUAACCAAACUAAUUAUGGGUGGACUAUUCAUAAUCGCCAUUGUCUUAGCACUCUGGGGUCCACUGUGCAUCUUUGCGCUCGGCAAUGCCGUCGGCCAAUCGAACACGCCACUGCAAGUGAGUAUUUCCAUACGUAUCGGUUCGUACGCGCCCAUCUAUCAAACGAAUACACGCGAUAAUAUUAUCGCUUUCGACGAAGCGAUGUACAGCGAUAUGAAGGGUGCCUACGACAAGGAUCGAGGUGCGAUAACAUUCCUUAGCAGUUAUGACGCGUCUGACAUUGCGGCGAUUAAGCUGCCCGGUAAUUCACCAUCACUGUGGAAUAUCUCACCGCCGGAUCGUAUGCGUUUGCUGGAGGAGUUGAAACAGAAUGGCUCAAUUGUCGCCAGCUUUGCCUAUUCGAUAACGCGCAUACCGCCCGAUAAGAGCUUGGUGGGUACAGUUUCGGAUGAAAUAACAUUCAAUAUGAACGAAACAUUUAUGAGGCGUGAGGAUUUGAUAAAUAUGUUGGAGUUGAAGGACAAGUCGAAAGUGGUGCCUUUGCCCGAUUUGGUGCCGAAGUUUGUUAAGAUCUUGAAUUCUGGUGAUGUUAGCGUCGUACACCAACUUAUGCCGACUGGCGAAUCUUAUCGCCCGCUGAUGAUACGCAUGCGCACAAGCUCUUCGGCGCGCAUUUGGUGGGAAAUCUCUGAUUUCUGCGAUGAUGAGUUCCAUCUGAAUGUAUUGCAAAAAUUACCUUUGGAUAAAUGCAAUUCUGGCAUCGUUAUAUACACGUUUAACGACAAGAAGUUCCCGUCAACAUUCAGUUUUAUCACGAAAGGCGGCAUACUCGGCGUGUACACCACGUUCGUGAUUGUGGCUUCGCGCUUCUUCAAGUCCUUCAUCGGUGGACAAAAUCGCAAAAUUAUGUUCGAAGAUAUGCCUUAUGUGGAUAGAGUGUUACAAUUGUGCCUUGAUAUCUAUUUGGUGAGAGAAGCGCUUGAAUUUGCGCUUGAAGAGGAUCUAUUCGCCAAAUUAAUCUUCCUAUAUCGCUCACCGGAGACGAUGAUAAAGUGGACGCGCCCCAAAGAGGAGGCUGAUGAUGAAACCGAUUCGGAGUCGUUGCGCAGUCGUAAUAGUGGACGUGCGCCUAGAUAGAAUGUAGACAAAUGAUAAACGCACUGAUUUUCUCACUUAACAAACAAACAAAAUCAAAAACAAAAAAACUCGAAAAUCUUUCAUACACCAUUGCAUCCCAUCAUACUUACAUAUAUAAGUCUUACAAUUCUUUAUUCCACAUUUUGUAGCACAAUCAAGAAACUAUUUUUUUUUUUUAAUUUUCAUUAUGCCAAUUAUAUAAUUUCUUCCUGUUAUGUGUCGAUUUGUAUGCCAAUUUGUCUAUAGUGUUUCCCAAAAAAGUAUAAUUUGCAAAGCAUACAGUUAAUUUUGACCCACAAUUUCUUUGGUAAACAUUUCAUAUUAAUUUUAUGGUCCAGAAAAGGUUUAACCCCUAUCUUUAAGUGCAUAAAUUACAAUUUGAGAUCCUUAAGUUGAAAUUAUUGAGUUGAGAUAUAUAGAUUUAGCGCUUCAAAUUAAUUAUUGUCGUAUUCCUUACCCUUUAACUUUAUUAACCCUUUAGUGACCACAGUUUUUUUUUAUUUUGGCAAAAAUUAAUUACUGAUUUGUUCUAUAUAUUAUAUAGAAUUCUGAUUCGGCUCUAUUUUGCGCUCUCUAUGACUUGUUUAAUCAUCUUUAAAUUACUUGAGUGGUCUUUAAUUGUAUUAGUGUUCUCUAAAGGGUUAAGAAAAUUUAUUUAUUUUUUCUUUCUUUAUUUCAACUAAAAAUAUUGCAACCCUUUGCAUAUAAGCUUAACCCAGUGAAUAGUUUUGAGCUCUGUUUUAUAAUUAUUGUUGAUAUUUCUCAGAAAAUACUGAAAAUUAAUUAUUGAAUUAUUAUUUUCCAUUUAAAGUUGGUUUCUGUUAAUUUUGGGAAACAUUAUUCAGACGCAUAUUCGAGUUCAUAGUUUUUUCCUUGAUUCUUGCGAUUAAACCUUAGCUACAGUUGCAUUCAUAAACUCAGAAUCCAGUAUACACGCACACACACACACACAACACAUAAUACAUUGAAAAAAAAAAAUCCCAAAAGAACUGCCGUUAAUUAAUGUUGUAAACUAUUUUUUAUUACGUAAACCAAAAGCAAAAACAAAAACAAUAGCUAAGUAUGAAAACGAUGCUGGAAUAGUAGAAGCGGGUGGGAAAAGGGGGAAUAUUUUGUAAUUGUAAGUCAAAAGCAACAGAAACAUAUUAAUUUUGAUGUUUGUAUUUAGAAUAGCGUUUACCGUUUAGCAAAAAUAAAAAUACAACAACAAAUAAAAAUAAAAUGAAAAUAAAUCAAAAUUAACAAAAAUAGCAACAAACAAUAAAAAUCCGGUUUAAGGAGAAUCUACUGCUUAAAUAGGCAGACGUACACUGUGCGUAGUAUAACUGUGUAAGCUACAACAACAAUAAAAAUAGUAAGCAAAACUAGUACCAAAAGUAACAUAACAUAACAAUUUAACUUAAAACUAUUAUUAAUAAUACAAACCAAAAAACAAAAAAAAAAAAACGAAAAAUACUGUUAAGAAGUCAUAUUCAGGGAUCUUUAGCAUUUUAUACUGAAUUUAUGUUUUUAGUUUUCUAAAUGCUUAAUAGAAAUACGAAAAUACAAAAAAAAACCAAAGGAAACAACAACACGGAACAGUAAUAACUAAACGAAUUGAUUAGUGUUAAGACGAAAAAAAUAAUGAUUU